UCGUCGGCCGCAGCGCCACACCUACUGCAUCACCACCACCACCACGCGCCCCUUGCCCACUUCCCCGGUGACCUGGUGCCGGCCAGCCUGCCCUGCGAGGAGCUGGCGGAGCCGGGCCUCGUGCCUGCUGCUGCUGCGCGCUACGCCCUGCGCGAAAUCGAGAUCCCGCUGGGGGAGCUGUUCGCUCGCAAGUCCGUGGCAUCCUCGGCGUGCUCCACGCCACCACCUGGGCCUGGCCCUGGCCCUUGCUCCGGACCCGCCUCGGCCUCUCCUGCAUCCCCCUCGCCCGCAGAUGUGGCGUACGAGGAGGGCCUUGCACGCCUCAAGAUUCGCGCGCUGGAGAAGCUGGAGGUGGACCGGCGCCUGGAGCGGCUGAGUGAGGAGGUGGAGCAAAAGAUCGCGGGUCAGGUGGGCCGGCUGCAGGCGGAGCUGGAGCGUAAGGCUGCGGAGCUGGAGACUGCGCGGCAGGAGAGCGCGAGGCUAGGGCGCGAGAAGGAGGAGCUGGAGGAGCGAGCCUCCGAGCUUUCGCGUCAGGUGGACGUGAGCGUGGAGCUGCUGGCCUCCCUCAAGCAGGACCUGGUGCACAAGGAACAGGAGCUGAGCCGCAAACAGCAGGAGGUGGUGCAGAUCGAUCAGUUCCUGAAGGAGACAGCGGCGAGGGAGGCCAGCGCCAAGCUGCGGCUGCAGCAGUUCAUCGAGGAGCUCCUGGAGCGGGCCGACCGCGCCGGACGGCAGCUGCAGGUCAUCAGCAGCAGCUGUGGCAGCACGCCCAGUGCCAGCCUGGGCCGCGGAGGUGGGGGCAGUGGCGCGGGGCCUGGGGCCAGGGGCCCAGGCAGAAUGCGAGAACACCACGUGGGCCCGGCUGUGCCUGGCACAUACGCCGUGUCCCGGCAUGGCUCCUCUCCCAGCACAGGGGCCUCCAGCCGCAUGCCAGCUGCAUCCCAGAGCUCAGGCUGCUAUGACAGUGACAGUCUGGAGCUGCCCCGGCCAGAGGAGGGGGCUCCAGAGGACAGUGGCCCUGGGGGCUUGGGUACCCGGGCCCAGGCUGCCAAUGGUGGCUCAGAGCGGUCCCAGCCCCCUCGCAGCGCAGGACUGCGGCGCCAGGCCAUCCAGAACUGGCAGCGCAGACCCCGCCGACACAGCACCGAGGGGGAGGAAGGAGACGUCUCAGACGUGGGCUCCCGAACCACCGAGUCAGAAGCAGAGGGCCCCUCAGAUAACCCCCGCUCCGGGCCUGCGAUGGCCGGGCCACUGAGCAGCUGCCGGCUCUCAGCCCGCUCUGAGGGAGGCAGUGGUCGGGGUCGGCGAGCUGAGAGGGGUAGCCCCUCACGUUCCAAUGAGGUCAUCAGCCCGGAGAUCCUCAAGAUGCGAGCUGCCCUCUUCUGCAUCUUCACCUACCUGGACACACGCACCCUGCUGCACGCCGCCGAGGUCUGCCGGGACUGGCGCUUUGUGGCCCGCCACCCUGCCGUCUGGACCAGGGUGCUGCUUGAGAAUGCCCGCGUUUGCUCCAAGUUCCUGGCCAUGCUGGCUCAAUGGUGCACCCAGGCCCACUCACUGACCCUGCAGAACCUGAAGCCUCGGCAGCGGGGGAAGAAGGAGAGCAAGGAGGAGUAUGCCCGGAGCACCCGGGGCUGCCUUGAAGCGGGGCUGGAGUCCCUGCUGAAGGCAGCCGGGGGAAACCUGCUGAUCCUGCGCAUCUCCCACUGUCCCAACAUCCUCACUGACCGUUCGCUCUGGCUGGCCAGCUGCUACUGCCGCGCCCUGCAGGCUGUUACCUACAGGAGUGCCACAGACCCCGUGGGCCAUGAGGUCAUUUGGGCCCUGGGCGCAGGCUGCAGAGAGAUCGUCUCCCUCCAGGUGGCACCACUUCACCCCUGCCAGCAGCCAACGCGCUUCAGUAACCGCUGCCUCCAGAUGAUCGGUCGCUGUUGGCCCCACCUCCGGGCCCUCGGGGUUGGGGGCGCUGGCUGUGGGGUACAGGGCCUGGCAUCACUUGCGAGAAACUGCAUGCGGCUGCAGGUCCUGGAGCUGGACCACGUGUCCGAGAUCACCCAGGAGGUGGCGGCCGAGGUCUGCCGGGAAGGCCUGAAAGGACUGGAGAUGCUGGUGCUCACGGCUACCCCCGUCACCCCCAAGGCCCUGCUGCAUUUCAACAGCAUUUGCCGGAACCUCAAGUCCAUCGUGGUCCAGAUUGGGAUCGCUGAUUAUUUCAAAGAGCCCAGCAGUCCUGAGGCCCAGAAGCUGUUUGAAGACAUGGUCACGAAACUCCAGGCCCUGCGACGGAGGCCCGGCUUUUCCAAGAUCCUGCACAUCAAGGUGGAAGGUGGCUGCUAACCCGGGUGGGGGGCGGCAGGGCCCCUGCCAGCCCCACACCAGGGUACUCUCUUAGGACUCCCAAAGGACCCUGGCUUGGACUACGCCUUUGGAGGCCUAGUGUUUAUCCCUGGCUUUCAGGGAGGGGCUGAUGGUUUCCUGUCUUCUUCCUGGAACAGUGGAGCAACAGGCUUGACCCAGGGCACUGCCUCCCCACGGCAGGGACUGGGACAGAAGCUGCCCUUCGACUCCCUUACCACCCCCAGCAGAAGCAGCCUUCUGGCACAGCCAGUGAGAUGUCACCACCAGCACCUGGUGUCGGCACCUGGAGGACCUGCAAUAACCACCCAGUGGCUCCUCCGCUGUGCCUGUCCUUCCUGGUGCCCGGCCUCUGGUCAGAGCCCUGGGCCAGGUGUCAGCCAGAAGGCUGCACACGGCAGCUCAGACUGGGCAAGGAGGUCUCUCCGCCCUUCCCACCCUGUCCCAGCUCACCUAGGUCCACAUUCUCCAGGGAUAACAUGGGCAGGCUAGGGGUCUGGGCAUGCAGUCAGAGGAAAGCGUGGGGUGAGGGUACAGUGGAGGUUGUGGAGGCAGGUUUGGAAGGAAAACGGUCACCCAGACUUUCUUCCUGUGAGACCACCUUGAUCAACUGGAGGAGAUGCCAGGUGGCGAAAAUGUACUGCUCUAAGACAAGACCCCCCUCUUCCGACCACCAUACACCCCACCACAGACCAGAGCUAAUAGGUGCAUGUUUCUAACCUGUUGGUCACUCCUGAGGGACCCUCAAGAGGGUCAAGGGCCCAGCCCUAGGAAGGCCAAGGCCUGUCAGCAGUGAGUAGUUUCUGUCAAGACAUUUCCUACUAAUCCAGGUGCUUGGGCAGGGGUCCCCAAGGCUACUGGGAGGGAGGCACUGUGGGACCCCUCUGUGCUGGGCCUGUAGGAGGCCAGCAGGGGGCAGCUCCCUGUGCUUCCCUGUCCAGUUAGCUUGUGUGAAGGUGUGGCCUGGGCAGGGAGCCAGACUCAUGGGGUCAAGGAAGAGAAGGAGCAACCUUAAGAAUUGCUCCCCACAACCUCCCACCACCCCCACUCCACAUCUCUGCAGGCCACAUGGGCUGAGGGCUAAUGGCCACCUUCCGCUGGAGAGCCUGGGCCGGAGCUGCUUGGCUUACUGGCCACCAAAUGUCAGUGGGUCUUUUCAAAACUGGCCCUUGCAAAGGACCAGGUCCCACCACCAAGGCUCCAAGAACUGAGGUCUCCCAGUUUCUCCUCUCAAAACUCCCACAUUGGCCAAGAGGCAGAUGGUGCCAGCCUUCAUUUGGAAAGUUCUCUCAAACAUCUAGCCUGGAUCCAUCUUAGGGUCUCCCCUCCUGUAAAGGAUUGCCUCCCAGCCCUCGCUGUUAGGCUGCUGGUCCUGGCAAGGGCUAAGUCCUCUCAUUCCCAGUCCUCUCUGAGGGCCCAGCUUUCUGCCACAACCUGGCUUGGACCUCAGGACCAGACUUGGCUUCCUCUGUAAAGAGUCCUCCCAAGCUGGGGCUGCACGGGCUCGGCCAUGCACCCAGCUUCCCAGUUCUGCUCCCUGGCUCUGGCCCCGCUCUUUCCAUCUUUGCUCACUUUUCCUCCUGUGGCUUAUUCUCUCUCUGCCCUUUGAAUACCAAGGGUGUCAUAUCGGCAACCCCCUGCCCAGUUCUGUACAAGCCUGGGCUAUGUGGUACCCCAACCCUACCCUAGAGCAGGGGACUCCCUCAGCUCCCACAUUCCCGACCCUGUUCCCAGGAGUCACAAGAAGGAGAAGCACAACUUCCCUCUUCUCUGGGCGUCUGGGGAGAGGGAGGUCCGCUCAGGGCCUGGCUGCCCUGCCUUGCCAACAAGUGCUUCUGUAGUCCCUGCUCCCAUGACCCCAGGACCAGAGGUGCUGCUCUCCCUAUCUCCUGGACAAAGCACAAAGCGAUGCCCUGCUUGGCCUAAGCUGCCCAACUGAGGGACUUCACUGCCCCAGGGCUGUGGGCACAGAACACAGGGCUCUGGGCUGUUCCGCCUGGGUGGUGCUCGCUGGAAUGGCUGGCGAAAGAGGUCAGGGUGCAUGGGCAGUGAACUAGGUGGGGAGGAAGGUGGUGCUGAAAGGAAAGAUACUAGUAGGUUCAUUUUCUCAUUCAUUCAUCUGCAACAGCACCAAGCGCCACCAGCACCAGGGGCGGAGGGGUGAACAAGACCCUCUCCCCUGCCUGGUGGGAAGUCUGCCUCCCACAGGUCCAGCUGCUUCCAGGAGCCCAGCAAGCCCUCCCCCCAUAUUUUCUGGCUGUGUGUGCGAAGGUGUGGGAGUGCAUAUUGCAGAGGCCCAAGCCCAGUGACAGGUCACAGCGUGUCCCACUGCCAGUCUCUUCCCUCCAUCUUCCUGGAGCUGAUAGUCCUGUGCUCUGGCCCUCGUGUAUGCCCUGGGAACUGGCAGCUUUGCAGCCCCCUGCCCCACAGACUUGAUGCUACUUCACUCUCUCUUCAGGGAGCCCCACUGCUGAGUGGGGAGCUUUGGCUUGUUUGCUAGAAUGUUCAAUUUGUUCACUUCUCACACAGGCCUGAGGAUAGGGGAAAGGGACAGGAAGCCUGGCCAUCCCUAAAGGACUUCUUCCCAUCUUCACCCACCCAAAGGGGAGCCCUCCACCAUUUAUCAUACCUAGUGAGAUGUGAAAAGGGAAUGAGAGCAAACCAAGGCAGGCCCUCCUCCAGGGGCCCCAGCGUGUGGAUGUCCCACAGGUGUAAGCUGUCCUGGCACCUGGGCAGUUUGGCAUAGCUAGCUGCUCCCCCACAGCACUGGCAGGAAGUAAAGAUAGAUAUAUGCAUCCCUUCAGGGAAGAAACAUGGGCUACCCAGGACCAUGGCUUUUCCACUGGCCAAGAGAGACCACCUAAGGAUCAAGGCAGCUCAUGUUUUCUUUGUCCUGAUACUGGAGUCCAAGCCAGGCCCUCAGGAAUUGUUUCAAAAACAAAAACCCACAAAAGCAAAAACCAAGAGGCCUAUGUCCCAAGGCCUGCUACUCCAAGGUUUGGCUGUCUUUUGCCUUUGGGUCCCACCUGUCCCCCGGUUCUAGUCUCUCAUCCUUUGGGCCAGGGGUGGUGCCCCGGCCCCAAUCCCUCUAAGGCACUAGUUAGAAGAGACCUUCCCAGAGUGAGUGUUGGUGCCAAAGACCCAGUUCCUAAGGACUUGGGGUGAAGACAGGAGAGGUGAUGAGUGUGCAUAUGGUCCAAGUGUCAAGAGGCAUUAAACUUGAACCCAUGGAAUCUGUCCCCACCUGUCAGUUCCUGAUGAGUAGGGCUUCCCUCCCCUGGGGCCUGCACGUUGCUAUCCCUGGUGGCCGUGGCUUUCUCACCCACCUUGUCCUGGGCCUGCAUUUCUGUAUAUAUUGCUGUGUAUCGUGUGUAUGUAUUUAUUCCUGGACAAGCGUGUUCAUCGGCAGCCUUGCCUGAGGAUAAGGUUUAGACUGGGUGAUGACCAGAAUACUAUGGCCAACUAAGGCAACUGCUCCCUCCCCAACCCCUUGGGACCUGGGCCAGUCCCAAGGCUGACCUGACAAUCAGGCAGGCUUCCUGCCAUGAGGCCAAGCCUCCUCUGCCACCGCCAGCAUGGCCCCUGGGAGGCUUGGCCUUGUGCUGCCCAGCCUCAGCCCUGCCCUGGCAGGGGUCUUGCAUCCAGAGGCAGAGGCCUGAGGUGACCCAGGCUGGCCUUGUGGCUGCUGCCAGCAGGCAUGGCUCUAGUGGUGUGCUAGUGGCCUCCGCAACUGGCCCCAGGCCCUGCCUUUCCCGCACAGCCAGACUGCAGGCCUGAGCUGGGAGAGGGUAGCUUCCCCCACCCCAAGCACAGCAGGCAGAGGGGUAGAGCAAUUUUUGGUUUUACUUUUGUUUCUGAAGUGGUGCCUGUACCUCCAGCCCCCAGGGGGCCUUCCCUGGUCCCACUUCUGCCCCACCCAGGCAUCACCAUCCUAGCACUUUGCUCCGUCACCCAUGGAUGCCCUAUGCCGAAUGUACUUGAGUGUAUGUAUCUAAAAGGACUUAUACGGGCAUCAGAGAACUUACAGCUCUGUAUUCAAUAAAAGAUGGUGAAACUGGCGUAUCUGCCCCAGGGAAGUAAGUGGCACGUGGCUGUAUCUGUCUCUAUCACCAGGGCUUUUGCAGCUGGAGCGCGCUUGGGCAGAAAGGAGGACGACCCAGUCAGCGUCAAUGGGAUGAAGUAUGUGGAAGGCUGCCCUAGUUUACCCCAGACAAAGCCUCUGACCCUCAGCUGGCAGAGGCCGUCCACAAGGACAGACCCAACACAAGUA